CACUGCUCCGCCUCCUCCUGCUGCCCUGCCUGACUGCUCAUCAAUAAGCUGUAUUAGCCAUCACUAAUCAUAUUGCGAGAGACAGAGAGUGAGAGCAGAGCUGCCCUUCUCUCCUCCUCAUCACUCUGCCACUCCUGCGGCGUUGCUCUUUGCUUGAAGGGGACACUGGCCUGCUCCUCACCCACUGAUUCUGCAUGACUGUCACAAAGAUGUCAUGGCGUCCAACCUACCGAAGCUCCAAGUUUCGAAAUGUCUACGGAAAAGUAGGCAACCGGGAGCACUGCUUCGACGGUAUCCCCAUCACCAAGAACGUCCAUGACAACCACUUCUGUGCCGUCAACUCCAAGUUCCUGGCAGUCGUCACGGAGAGUUCUGGCGGCGGCUCUUUCAUCGUCAUACCUGUUCCCCAGUCUGGCCGCCUAGACUCUCAUUACCCAAAAGUGUGUGGCCACCAAGGCAAUGUACUGGAUAUCAAGUGGAAUCCUUUCUUUGAAAACAUCAUAGCCUCCUGCUCGGAGGACACCUCUGUGCGAGUAUGGGAGAUCCCAGAGGGCGGUCUGAGGCGCAACAUGACGGAGGCGGUGCUGGAGCUGUACGGCCACAGCAGGCGGGUGGGUGUGAUCGAGUGGCACCCCACCAGCAGCGGCAUUCUCUUCAGCGCUGGCUAUGAUUACAAGAUCCUGAUCUGGAACCUGGAGAUCGGAGAGCCGGUGAAGAUGAUCGACUGCCACACUGACGUCAUCCUCAGCAUGUCCUUCAACACCGACGGCAGCCUGCUGGCCACCAGCUGCAAAGACAAGAAGCUGCGAGUCAUCGAACCACGCUCCGGGGCCGUCCUUCAGCAAGCCAGCUGUAAGAACCACCGCGUGAACCGGGUGGUGUUUCUGGGCAACAUGAAGCGACUGCUCACCACAGGGGUCUCACGCUGGAACACCCGGCAGAUCGCUCUCUGGGACCAGGAGGAUUUGUCCAUGCCAAUUGUGGAGGAGGACAUAGACGGCCUGUCAGGACUGUUGUUUCCUUUCUAUGAUGCUGACACACACAUGUUGUACCUGGCAGGCAAGGGGGACGGCAACAUCCGGUACUUUGAGAUUACCACAGAGAAGCCGUACUUACAAUACCUAAUGGAGUUCCGGUCCCCGACCCCGCAGAAAGGACUCGGUGUGAUGCCGAAGCACGGGCUGGACGUGGGAGCGUGCGAGGUUUUCCGCUUCUACAAGCUCGUCACCCUGAAGGGUUUGAUCGAGCCCAUCUCCAUGAUUGUGCCGAGGAGGUCAGACACGUACCAGGAGGACAUCUACCCCAUGACUGCAGGAACAGAACCUGCACUGUCUGCAAGCGAAUGGCUGAGCGGCAUUAACAGAGACCCAGUCUUGAUAUCCCUGAAGGAGGGUUACCAGCGACCGAACCAGUUAGUGUUCAAGGCCCCAGUGAAGGAAAAGAAGAGUGUGGUAGUGAAUGGGAUCGACCUGCUGGAGAAUGUACCCCCCAGGACAGAGAACGAGCUCCUGCGGAUGUUCUUUCGGCAGCAGGAUGAACUGCGGCGGCUGAAGGAGGAGCUGACCACCAAGGAUGUGCGAAUACGCCAGCUGGAGCUGGAGCUCAACAACCUGAAGAACGUUAGCCCCAACAACGUCUGACCUCUCAACCACCUGGACUGGCAAAGCUGCUUCCUUUGCCCCAAAUUCUGACCUCCAACAAGCUUCUGAGCCCUCCUCAGCCUCUUUUUUGAUAAAUUGUAUAUUCAUUCCUGCUGCCCUGCAUAGCGCAUACACUAAUAUGAAGUGUUGGAUAAUGUCUUAACUGGAACAAUUACUGGAAAAUAGUAAUAUUAACAAAUGUGAUAAGUAAUGGAGACGAGGCAAUGUUCAUGGAUUUCCACCUUAACAUGAACUCGAUGGAUGUUUGAGAUCCAAUCCAUUUAGUAUUGUCUGUAUUUUUACUACUUGUUCCUGAUCUAGCACACUCAAGUGUUGGGAUCAGUUGUUGCAUAUUUUCUGCCAGACCUCUAGAGUAUUUGUCUCACUGUGCCUAACCUGCCAUUCACGAUGCAAUACCUUGAUCACUACGCAAAAAAAAAACCAUCUCCCAACCUCUUAUGACCAAACCACAAUUCUCAUUUUUUGCCGAGGCAAACCUGGAGGAUAAAAAGACUUGUCACGCUGGCUCCUAUUUUGCUUCCACAAGGCCUUACUCCCUGCUGCAGACACCAUUUUCAGCGAGCUGCAGCAUCCUUUCAAAACGGCUGACGUGAAGUAUUUUUGCACCUGACAGACAACACAAGCUUUUGCAGACGUGGCUCAUGCUUUUCACGAGCUGCUUAUCCCGUCCCUUUUUUCACCCUAACCGAUGUUACUGGCUAUAAAUUGACUUCAUAAUACUGACUUAUAGCUACCCUUAUGCAGUCUUUCUUUCCAAGGAGUGGAUGAUCACUCACUUUAGUACUUUACUCUUUAUUUAAAUAGUGGUUAAGCAGCAGGGGAGACAUGUAUUUAGAGGUGGUGGACUUGCCUGACUCCGGUAUAGUCUCAACAGAAGCUUUGCUGGCUGUUUUGGGUUUUAGGGCCAAGUAGGUGGUAAUGUAUAUUUGCUUCUAUUUAUUUGUCACAAAUUACCUUUUUAACUAAUAACAUGUAUAUUUGUUAAUCCCAUUUUUUGUAUGCUGUGGCUGCGCAAGUAAUGAUUGUGAUGCUUGAUAGAUUUUGCUGAAUGUUUCCAGUUGGUGCAAGAUUUGUGUGACACUGUACCUUUUAUGGUAUUAGUUUUGUGACUCCAACGACAUAACAUCAGAUAAGGUAUAAAUAAUAUAAUCUUGCAUUUUCCUAACAGUGCUGAAAACUGUGAUAAUAACCAUCCUUUAACAUUUAAACUAAGCAUAUCACCAUUAGUGAGUGAUAUGUGCUUAACUCCAGGUAAUCUCUGCUGCUCACUUGUUCAAUCAUCAGAUUUAGGUUGAAUUGUGGUAUAAAUGCCUACAUUUGACCGUUUCAUGUUUUUUCCCCUCAGUGUAAAAAGUAAAAUGGGCACUUGAUUAACAUUUGACAAAGAUGCUGCACAACAUGCAAUGUGUCUUUUAACCAAGGCCCAUUUCAUUCACCCUUUCAUAUUACUGAUGGACUGAGAUAAGGAAAAUGAUUAGAUCGGCUUCAUGCAGAAACGGAUCUGUGCCCAGAGUUGGUAAAAAAGUCAGUUACGGUCUCAAGUCUUCCCUGAUCACAUCAUAGUUGGAACAUAAAGGGUCCAUAAAACAAGCCCUUUACAUGCAGACUGGAACCAGUGACACUAUAAUGGUAAAUGUGUUUUUUGCAGGAAAAAUCUAACUCUACAGUGAAAGUAGACAGUGGGAUAAGGAUCUACCAGAGAUGGGUCAGCUACAGUGGAGAGACAGGUGAAGUUAGAUUGGAGUUGAGUUUUGUCAGGGCUUCUUGUGUAGGUGUACUGAGGACUAUCACCAACAAACUAAUUGGUACAUCUUUGGGAACCUGGAAUCACAGUAUAGAGAGGCUUUUAAAUUAUGAAAACGUAUUGUACAAUUGAAUGGCAUUUUGGCUUAGACAAAGGUAACCUUGGUAAUUCUACCCAUUUAGUUUGGCACUGAACUUGACUAACAUUUUGGACAAUUAAACCCAGUUUAAAUGUGAUUGGCGUGGUCUUUGGUGAAGAGUUUUGUGCAAUAGAAUUAACAGUAUGACAUCUCAAUCUGAAAAAUAUCAUCUUUCCAUCAAUGACCUAAAACUGUUACCAUGUAUAUACUUUGCAUUUGACAUGACAAUGUUGCACAAGGACCACAAACUCAAAAACGUAUAUAAAAAGGGAUUUAUUGAAGUGAAUGGGAGGGAAAAUUAAACAAUUUGGCUGAUGACAGUGGAUUUAACAUGGAGUGAAAAAUCACUGAGGUAGGCCAAUUUGACCAGUACGAAUAAUAGUGAAAACAAAGUCCAAGUAACUGACCGUUUUUCCAGAGUUUACAUAUUUUGUAACAAUAACAUUUCUAUGCACAUAAUUUGCAGUUGUAACCUUGGUUUAUAUCAAGUAUUUCUCUACACUACCACCACAAAUUCAAACAUUGCCACCUGUGUGUCACAGAAAAGAACAUGGGAAAAGUGAUGAUGAGUUUUGAUGUUGAACAUUUCUCUUUAUGGAAAGAUUAUGCAUACAAAGUUAUGUUCAAAUUCAAGAAAUGUCACACUGCGUUUUUUUUUUUAGAUAAAGCAGCAUACAUAUUUAAUAUCUUAUUACAAGUCAAAGUUUCACCUCAGUUGUCUGUUCAAUGUCUGCCGUCAUCAAAGAGAAUACAAAAAAAUAGAUUUGGUCAGUAUUUACAAUAACACGUAAUUUCCGAACUAUCAAAGCUGAGGGUUUAAGGAGGAGGAGCGGCUUUGACAAGGGCAGACAUUUCUUUGCUAGGAUUUAAAAAUAUGCCCUGUGAGGGUCACACUGUGCAUGUUCAGACAGAAGUUUCACACCAGGACAGCAGAGAGUAUUGGCAUACUGGUGACACUACAAACACAUAACUUACAUUUAAAAAGAAAAAGAGAUAAAAGUAUGAUGCAAAAAUAAGUUUAAGACGAGGAGAGGACAGCCAUACAUGAAAUCCAGUAUUUGACUUUAAAAUGUUUAGACAUGCACUCUUUUUUUGUUUUGUAUUUUGUUAUUUUCUUUUGAAGGGGGUUUUAAAUAAAAUACAUCAGAAACUGGUCUUACACAACGUUAGAAAAGAAAAAAACAUUUCUUAAAAAGGUUUAUCUUUGCCAUUAUUGGAUAUUACAAAAUUGGUGUCCACAGAGCAGAUAAAAGUGGACUGUAAAGACUGGAACACAGGAGCAUCAAAGGUACAUACAUUUAAGAUAUUUCUCCAGACAACCCCAUCUACCUGACUGGCCAAUAACAAAAACCACUCCUACUGCAAUAUGAAACGGGGGGGGAAAUGACAUGGGGUUGUUGGGAAGUGACUGGGAGAUACAAGUUUAACAGUUCAUGACUUAGCUUCAAGAGGACCCUCAAUCGUCUUCAUCGUCUUCUCCUUCUUCUCCUUCUUCCCCUUCUUCAUCCAGAUCCCUUUUUCUCUUCUGACCUCGCUCUUCUUCUACAAAAACGAGAGUUGUGUUUAAAGAGAGGCAAAGACUAGAAGUAAAUCCAUGUCUUCCGUUAAAGUUGUUUUGCAGGUUCCAUCAUUUAGGACUAACAGUGGCUGGCGAGACUUUUGGAUUUUUGUAAAAACACAUUACUGUCUGUUCAUAAAUGUAAUUGGCAGUGUCAUUAUAAAGUUGCAGUCUGAUUGCCAAUACAAGGGUACAUGCAUAAUAUUGUUUCCUAUUAGUAUAAAAGCAGUUGUUUCCUGCCUUCUCUAGUAGCAAGACAAAUUUGAUACAAAUUACCUACUUUGAAUUAUUACAAUUGACAAACUCUUUCCAGACAAAAUGUAAUAACUACUAAUAUUGCUCAGUAGUUGUUGGAGAGAACAUGCAAGCUAAAUAUAAAAACUUUAAAUAUUUGUUUUAAAAAAAGACGCAUACAAAAUGUUUUUAUACUGAAGGAAAUGCAUUCAAUAUGUUUAACGGGCAACAAUGACAUGCGUUUCACUGAAAACAUGAAAACUGUUGAUUUAUUGUGUACUUACUGCAACAAAUAUAUACUAUAAAGAUUUGUAUAUAAUAUAUACACUUAGCAACUAGUAGAGUAGAUUUAGGAGACUGCUUAUGUUUUAAAGUCAGCCAUUAUUUUACUCACCUUCAUCAUCCUCAUCCUCCUUGUCAUUCACAUCUUCGUCCUCUUCCUCCUUUAAAAAAACAAACAAAUGGUAAAGUUAAUACAAUUUCAUUUAGAAUGAUUUUUGUAUCAUUACAGAGUGCAAAUCUGAUGUACUCUCACCUCUCCACUGACGUCCUCCUCUUCCUCUUCUUCAUUCUCCUCUUCGUCUUCCUCUCCUUCCUCCUCCUCCUCAUCUCCUGGUGCUGCAUCUUCAUCAUCCUCCUCCUCAUCGACAUCUGGGUGACACAAGUUUGUUGUUAUUAGCCAGAUGUUCCCACCUUAACAGAUGCUAGAAAGAACACAUGAAUGUGUGCGAGUCCGCAAACUCACCAUCUUCAUCGUCAUCGUCAUCAUCCAAGCCCUCUGCAUAGACCUCAGCAUCAGAAUCUGGUGCCUCUUUGUCGUCUUUGUCGUACCCGUCCAGGUACGUGAGCUGGGGUAGCAGCUUGAACACGUUGUCUCUGUAUUCGUUCAGGUUUGUCACUUCACAGUUAAACAGAUCCAGACUUUUAAGGGUUCCCAAUUCUUUCUGUCAAAAGAAAAAUCAAGUUUGCUCAAUAAUUACAGCUAGCUGCUUGGUAUAUUGUGAAUUAUUCAGCAACUAUUUUGGGGUCUCACUUACCAAUGGUCCUAUUGUGCUGAGGUCUUUAAUCUUGUUGCCACUGAGGUUGAGAUGUGUGAGGUUGGGGCAUUUCGCUGCCAGAACUUCCAACCCUCCUGAGAUCCUGUUAUCGCUGAGUUCAAGCUGUGGAUCAAUUAAAACAGAUCAAAAUAUGCAAAACCCCAAAGCCUUAAGUAACAGACUUGUUUUGUGCAGAAAAACACCCACCUUUUUGAGUUUAUUUAGCUUCGGCAAGUGGGCAACUGAGGUCAGUCCAACAUUGAUUGUGCUUAGAAAUUCCAGCUCCUCAAACUCAUCUGUUAGACCCUCGAUCUUUCCUUCAUUUGAGCGACAGUUGUCUAGAACAAGUUCUUUGACCUGAAAAGCACAUUUCCGAAUAGUUAUUAAAAAAAAAGACAAACUGAAUAUGAGGCCUAGACAAUUUCCAAGUUAAAGAUCUCAGAUUUUUUUUAUUAAAGAGGGAUGCACUUAAAGUUUUGAUGAGAAGCUCUUAAUAUUACUGAGAUUGAGUUUGACUUUACUAAUUGUAAGUCGCUUUGAAUGAUCAUGUUUGCAUAAUAAAUAAAAUGUUAGUAAAUGGCUAACUUAAUUGCUACUG